AAAAACCACACAAGACAGUUGCAUAAUUUGUCUUCAAUUCUCACUUAAGCAUUUAAACAAACACGUUGAUUACCUUUCAGAUAACAAUGACGAAAGAAAUAUGGGUGCUGCCAUUCUUCGGCCAAGGCCAUCUCUUCCCAUGCAUGGAGCUCUGCAAACACUUGGCUUCUAGAAACUUCCAAGUCACCUUAGUCAUCACCUCCAACGUAGCCUCCUCUGUUCCCUCUUCACUCCGCCAACACCCACUCAUCCGAGUCGCCGAGAUUUCGCCGGAGCCGGCCUCACAUCCGGAACCAAGGAUCCAUCCUCCUCAUCAUGCUCACGGCCACCUAAGUAGUGGCCUCGAAAAGCUCCUUCUUUCGCCUUCGAAUCCUACCCGACCCGCAUGUGCAGUUGUGGACGUCAUGAUGACGAGGUGGUUCGCCGAUCUCUUAGCGAAACACGGGAUUCCAACGGUUGCGUUCUUCACCUCCGGAGCCAUCGCCUCCGCCAUGGAGCAUGCCAAGUGGAAGGCGUACCCUAUCGAAUUGAAACCCGGAGAGACCCGGAUUCUCCCGGGGAUGCCUGAUUCGGUUGCGCUAACUGAUACAGACCUCAAACGACGGCCUCGAGAGGAGCGGAGGCCGCCACGGCCACCGCCUGGCUUAGGAGACAAUUUCCCGCCUCCUCCCGGCGGACGGGGGUUUCGAAGGAUGGGUCCACCUGAGCCCGGUGAGGAACCCAUGUGGAUGGAGGAGACAAGAGAAGCAACGGCGUUGAUGUUCAACACGUGCCAAGAAAUGGAGCGUCCAUUUAUGGACUACAUGGCGAACCAGACCGGAAAACCGGUAUGGGGAGUCGGGCCGCUUCUGCCGGAGCAGUAUUGGAACUCGGCCGGUUUAGUUCUGCGAGACCGGGAAUUCCGGUCGGACCGGAAAUCUAGUGUUACUGAGGAUGGUGUUCUCCAGUGGUUAGAUUCGAAGCCACGUGGAUCGGUGCUUUAUGUUUCUUUUGGGACUGAGGUGGGUCCUACGGUGGAGGAGUACGUUCAGCUUAGUGAAGCACUGGAGUCAUCGGGUCAACCAUUUAUAUUGGUGCUCCGACCUGGUUCUGGAAAAUCGGUCCCUCCACGUGCUAUGUUGGGCUUGAGGCCCGGUUUGUCUAGUCCAGAAGAAGAUGAUGAAGGGUACUCAGCUGAGGGGUUGGAUGAGAGAGUUGGAGAUAGAGGUUUGAUAAUACGUGGGUGGGCACCACAGCUUUUGAUACUGAGUCACCCUUCAACUGGAGGGUUCCUAUCGCAUUGUGGUUGGAACUCAACCGUGGAGGCAUUGGGGCUUGGGGUGCCCAUAUUGGCGUGGCCUUUUAGGGGUGACCAAUACCAUAACGCCAAGUUGGUUGUGGCCCACCUUAAGGUGGGGUAUAUGGUCUCUGAUGAUUUGGGAAGAACAUUGAAGAAGGAUGAUGUGAUCAAGGGAAUAGAGAAGUUGACGGGUGAUAAGGAAAUGAAGAAGAGGGCCGAGAAUCUUGGUGCACAGUUUCAGCAAGGGUUUCCAAGGAGUUCAGUGACUGCUUUGGAUGCUUUUAAGGAUUAUGCCAAUAAGACAUGGGUCUAGGAUUGUUUAUCUGUUAGCUAAAAGUCUGGUUCUGCUACAUUGUUCAGACCCUGAAUAGAUGCUAAACUCUCGGGGCCUUUUUAGUCUAUAUACGUAUUAUAUAUGUAUAUAUUUUUUUUGGUGA